GCUCACUGUGGCCCGCCGCGGCGCACACCUUGUUCCACUUCGGUUAGGGCUCCGCACCACCUCAGCGCUACCCCGGAUUUGCAUAUCACUCCGAAGGGUUCCUCGCGACCUGCUUUGUUGAUUGAAAAGAUUGUACAUGGUCCGUACGCCCUGCACAGUACUCUGCGGCUGUUGACGUAGGUGUACGUGUUACACAUGGACCAUUCCUGCAUUGGCGAUACGUUUUUGCAUUGAUCGAGCCUGUGCGCUCCGAGUCACUGUGCAGUACUUUUCAUUGAAUGCUACGGAAGGGCAGCCUGGAUAAUUCGGACGUGAAUUGCGUUCGGCUUCCAUUUUUCAUCGGUCAAGGAGUGUAAGGCAAACGGGCAACAUUCAUGCUGACCUCAAAUACUGUCGGAGCAAGCGAAAGGCCGACCCUAGUCUACGUGCACUGAUUUCUGCAAGUAUACUUUGUAAGAGUGCUCUCCGCAAGCUUCAUGGAAUUGGCCGGCCUCGACGAAUCUUGCACAAUGCCAUAUCCCGAUGCAGACUCGGCGAAUGCCGAAGAAUACGAGGCCCUGUACCUACAGUCAGUAUACCGCUUAGACACCCUGGACCGUGCCUGCAACGAAAUGCGUUUUUUGGUUCGUGACAUGGAAAUGACAGAGCAAUGGCUACACGAGUUGCGCCACAAACAUUCCAACCUCACCAAACAGAUCAACAUUGCCCAGAUUGACCUCGACAAGGUCGACGAGAGGCAGCGAAAGUGCAAUGUAGUUGUAUUCGGACUUCCGGAGUCGGAACAGGAUCCGGAAUGGUGUGGUGAGCUUGUGCUUAAGCUCGUCAACAGCCACCUCAACUUUCCUCUUACAUCGGAUCAGAUCGUGAGCGCGUACAGACUAAAAUCUCCUUCAAACCCCAGGCCUAUUUUGGUAAAGCUCAGUGGAGAACCGAAGAAGUGGGAAGUUCUCAAUGCCAGUGGCAAGCUUAAGGGAACGGGAAUCGGGAUACGCGAGGAUUUUUCCUAUACUGUACGUCUGCAACGUCGACUCCUCGUAAAAAAAAUGCACGAGGAGCGGCGCGCCGGCCGCAAGGCAUGCCUUAAUAGUAACACAUUGAAAGUAGAGGGUCGCGUGUAUGUGUGUGACAAGUUCUGCGAGAACCUGGUUGAGGUGUCAGACAAUGGCGUGCGAAUUGAAAGCGUUUCCAGAGACAAUGCAGGCUUAUCUUCGACGCUGAAGUUGGACGCACAGUGCCUUAGUAGCGGCUGGCUGGAGGAACACUCCAAGACCAUAUCGGACAAGAUAAAGAUUCUCAAUGGUAAUUGCAGUUGAGCUCAUAGUGGUGGUCUGUCAUCCUUAUAAAAUAUUGGUGGUAGUUUAUUUAUUAUGGUUACUGAUAUAUGAUCACGAUACUAAUAAUGAGUAUAUUUUAAAUAAAUAUAAUAUACACGAAAAUA